UAUGAGGAGAAAUAUUAUUAACGUUUAUUUUUCCUUAAUUCUUCUCUUAUUCACUCUGGCAACUUCUGCCUCUAGGCCGCCGUUCGCCUGCGACCCAAAAGAUUCGGCCACUAGAGAAUUGGCAUUUUGUCGAACCGAUUUCGGUACGGCUGAUAGAGUGAAGGAUUUGAUCGGACGGUUGACGUUGCAGGAGAAGGUGAGGCUGCUCGUGAAUAACGCCGCAGCUGUGCCGCGGCUGGGGAUCAUGGGCUACGAGUGGUGGUCGGAGGCGCUUCACGGCGUCUCAAAUGUGGGACCGGGGACGAGAUUCGGCGGCCAAUUUCCCGGCGCCACCAGCUUCCCGCAGGUCAUCACCACCGCCGCCUCUUUCAACGAAUCCUUGUGGGAAGAGAUUGGAAAAGUGGUAUCGGACGAGGGGCGAGCAAUGUACAAUGGCGGGGCGUCAGGAUUGACGUACUGGAGCCCCAACGUGAACAUACUGCGGGACCCGAGGUGGGGCCGAGGACAGGAAACUCCCGGCGAAGAUCCGGUGGUUGCCGGAAAAUACGCGGCGAGGUAUGUUAGAGGUUUACAGGGGAGCGACGGUGACCGGCUGAAGGUGGCGGCAUGUUGCAAGCACUACACGGCGUACGAUCUUGAUAACUGGAACGGCGUUGAUAGGUUCCACUUCAAUGCUCAGGUAAGCAAGCAAGAUUUGAAAGAUACAUUCAACAUUCCAUUCAAAAGUUGUGUGAAGGAUGGCAAUGUUGCAAGUGUAAUGUGUUCUUACAAUCAAGUUAACGGCAUCCCGACGUGCGCCGAUCCUAAGCUUCUCAAAGGAACUAUACGAGGUGAUUGGCGUCUCGAUGGAUACAUCGUCUCCGAUUGCGAUUCCGUUGGCGUCUUAUUCGACAAUCAACACUAUACACGGACGCCGGAAGAAGCAGCAGCAGUAUCGAUAAAAGCAGGUCUGGAUUUGGACUGUGGGCCUUUCCUAGCGGUACACACGGAAAACGCGGUACAACGUGGGCUAUUAAAUGAAUCGGAUAUAGACGGUGCGUUGUCCAAUACCGUAAGAGUUCAGAUGAGACUCGGGAUGUUUGAUGGCGAGCUGUCGGCCCAGCCAUACGGUAAACUUGGCCCGGAAGACGUGUGCACGUCAAGCCACCAAGAACUCGCCUUGGAAGCAGCAAGGCAGGGCAUUGUUUUACUAAAAAACGACGGCAACGCGUUGCCACUCUCUCGACAACAACAUAAUUCGGUCGCUGUUAUUGGGCCUAACUCAGACGUCACCGCCACAAUGAUAGGCAAUUACGCAGGUGUUCCGUGUGGAUACACGACUCCAUUACAAGGAAUAGGAAAGUACACGAGCACAAUUCAUCGGGUAGGUUGCGCUAACGUGUCUUGCGCUAACGAUGCCCUCUUCAAUGAAGCGGUUGAUGCUGCGCGGCAAGCAGAUGCGACUGUUCUAGUAAUGGGGCUCGACCAGUCGAUCGAGGCCGAGUUCCUAGACAGGGAAGGGCUUCUGCUACCGGGGCGUCAACAAGAGCUCGUAUCUAAAGUUGCUUCCGCCUCGAAAGGGCCCACCGUUUUAGUGCUGAUGAGCGGUGGCCCCGUUGAUGUCUCGUUUGCCCAAAAUGACGAUAAAAUCGGUGCGAUUAUUUGGGUCGGCUAUCCAGGCCAAGCUGGAGGAGCUGCCAUUGCUGAUGUCCUCUUUGGAACACACAAUCCAGGUGGGAAGCUUCCAAUGACUUGGUACCCACAAGAAUACCUAAACAACUUGCCAAUGACAACUAUGGACAUGAGAUCCGACCCGUCCAGAAACUAUCCGGGAAGAACUUACCGGUUCUACAAAGGGCCCGUGGUGUACCCCUUCGGGCACGGAUUGAGCUACACGAGAUUCCUCCACACGGUUGUCGACGCACCCGCGGUGUUCACCGUUCCGUUGCACCCCAACGGAACGGCACCAUUGAGCAACAUGAAGUUGGUCCGAACGAGUCAUGCGCAAUGCAAGAAGUUGUUUCUUGGGGUUAACGUGGACGUGGAGAACGCAGGCCCGAGAGGCGGGUCCCACACGCUGCUCGUGUACUCGUCCCCACCGUCGGACGGCGGCCGCCAUUGGGCCCCACAGAAGCAGUUGGUUGCGUUCGAGAAGGUGAGCCUCCCGGCCGGAGGGCGGCAGAGGGUUGCCGUGAAAAUCCAUGUUUGUAGGCAGAUGAGCGUGGUGGACGAGUCGGGAAUCCGGAGGGUUCCUAUGGGAGAGCAUUCGCUUUAUAUCGGGGAUGCUAGGCAUGUUGUUUCCCUUGAGGCUCGCUAGAGGCUAUCAAUAGUCGAUACAUGAUCAUCGUUAACCUUUAUACGAUAUUUGGAGAAGAAAGAAAAUUAGUUAAGCAAUGGAAAUUAGAAGAAUGAAAUGGAAAGAUGUACGGAUAAUAGUUUUUCGUUUAAUGUUUUUGUUUGUUUUCGGAGAACGGUAAAUCGUUAUCCAAUAUGAACCGCUAUUG